UUUCGCUUUUCCUCAACUGUUCAAAUAUUUGAAGACGAAAUGGGCUUGUUUCCUUCGAUUAUAUUGUGAUUUUGUGAAUCACGUCUCAACGCAGUCUCUUUAACCAAGACCAAAAGUGAAACUCGGUAUUUUUCGGAAAAUUUAAGUUAUUUUAAGAAUGAAUUCCACUGAAAUCACGACGGAAAUCCAAAAUAAAACGUGUCAUGCCUGGUUGAAAGAGGCUUUAGGUGGAUCUUUCAUAAAUGUGACACUUGAAGAAGUGAAUGACCAGCUGGUAAGGAGAAACCUCGGGGGGAUCAGUCUUCUCUGCAUAUUGAGUGUGAUCGGACUCAUUGGAAACGCACACGUGUUGUGGGUAUACACCCGCCAGUUCUCUAAAUCUAACUACCGUGUUUAUGUCAUAUGGCUGGCCAUGCUAGACAUUUUCAACUGCAUUGUUGUGGCACCAAUGGUUGUUUCCUACUUAUUUUUUCCAGUGACUUUCCCUUCUGAAAUUUAUUGUAAGAUAUUUCGUUUCUUUAACUAUUUUGCAGCAAUAGCCUCCACGUCUUCUCUUAUCUCUAUAGCCAUUGACAGACACAAGGCGAUCUGUAGCCCUCUGAAGCAUCAAUUGACUAACACACAAGCAAAACUUCUGUGUUUCAUGAAUGUAGUGGUAGCUUUCCUCUUUUCUUGGCCAGCUCCUUUUCUGUAUGGAAUGAGAGACAUUGAAACAGGUGUUCCAGGGCUACAUGGCUAUCGCUGUUUCACAGAACUGAGAUAUGAGGAAAAGAAAUAUCAGAUCUAUUACAACGCGCUACUGGGCCUCUACUUUGUUGCGGUGUCCACAAUAAUGGUCUUUGUCUACAUCAAAAUUGGCCGUAACAUCCAUAACCAUUUUGCAUUUCAAGAUACCAUUCGGCGCCAGUCUACUAUGCGUACUGAUGAAAAGUUAAACAAAAACCCGACAAUGACCAAUGCUCGUCGGUCUACGAUUACCCUUUGUUUGGUCACCAUUGCUUAUAUCCUUAGUGCUUUGCCCCACCAUCUUCUCGCGGUGAUGAUUUUCGUUGUUAAAGGUUUCGACUGCAGUCUCUCGCUUGUCGAGUCUCAAGUAUACUACACGUUUAUCUGGUCCUACUUUGUCAACUCGAUGGUUAAUCCUUUUAUUUAUGGAAUCCGAGACCAAAAGUUCCGCUCUGCUGUGAAGCAUAUUUACAGGAGGUAAUCAAGGGAUUUUAAACCCUUAUAAAUAAAAAAUUGAUUUCACCAUCCUUAAUUUGAAUCAGACAUCAAAAUUAAUGAAAUGUUUAAAUUUGUAAAUAUUACUUAUAAAUUUGUUGCCAAGCAACAUUAUAUAUCAUGCAUCAUCAAAUUAACGAUACGUUGAAUUAAUUUCAUUAUAAUUUAGUGC